AUGGCUAGAUUUAAAAGAAAAUUUAAUGUAAAAGAAAACCCUAAUUUAACAUCCGUCCAGGUGAAAAACGAACAAGAUGAUGCCGUUUCUGAUAUGAUUAUUUUAAAUAAAAAAAAAUUUAAAAGCGAAAACGAGCAUGCAAUAACCGCAAAAGUACCAAAACACAAGGAGGAAGGUAAAAAUGAAGAUCAAGAUACUGAAGAAGGGAAGGAAACUAAAGAAGGAGAACGUGUGCAGAAAGAAUCAAUGUCACCAUCGACUAUUCCAUCAGUGGAUUUGCACUUGAAAGCCGAAAGGAAAACUGAAAAUUCUGAGGGAUAUGCAAAAGUAUUAGAGGAAAAUAGCGUCGAUAAAAAUUCUAAGUUAAAUUCCAAACCAAAAAAUAAUAGUUCACCAAGUAAAAAACAAAAUAUAGCACCCCAAGAAAAAGAUAUGUUAGAUGAUCCAAGAUACGAAGAAAAAGAAGAAGUGGAGAUAGAACCAGAAAGAGAAGGUACCAUUGCGAAUGGGCCCUUGGUUAUAUCACCCACAAAGAAAGAUGAAAAAAAACAAAAGGACGAAAAAGAAGGUGCCAAAAAUGUUGAUUCCCUAAAAGAGGAAAAUAACACAGUAGAUAUGAAUGAGAUUGAGAUUGAUAGGGAAAACGGUAUCACUAUUUUUGAGUUUGAUGGGAUUAAAUUGAAAUAUAAGGAAAGGUCUAGUGUAAUUGAAGAAAAAAUGGGACUAAUUGAAUUCAGAGUUGUCAACAAUGAUAAUACUAAGGAAAAUAUGAUGGUUUUAACGGGCUUAAAAAAUAUUUUUCAAAAACAAUUACCUAAAAUGCCUAAGGAAUAUAUCGCAAGAUUAGUGUACGAUAGGAGUCAUCUAUCAAUGGCUAUCAUACGAAAGCCAUUAACGGUUGUUGGAGGUAUAACCUAUAAACCCUUUAAUGAUAGGGAAUUUGCAGAAAUUGUGUUUUGUGCGAUCAGCUCCACAGAACAAGUCAGAGGGUAUGGUGCGCAUCUAAUGAAUCAUUUGAAAGAUUACGUUAGAGCAACAUCCCCCAUAAAAUAUUUUCUAACAUAUGCGGAUAAUUAUGCCAUUGGUUAUUUUAAAAAACAAGGGUUUACGAAAGAAAUAACGUUAGAUAGAAGAGUAUGGAUGGGGUAUAUUAAAGAUUAUGAGGGUGGUACCUUGAUGCAAUGUUCUAUGCUACCGAGGGUGCGGUAUUUGGAUGCAGCCAAGAUUCUUUUAUUGCAGGAGGCUGCCAUUAAAAAAAAGAUACGUACUAAGUCCAAGAGUCAUAUAAUUAGACCAGGUCUAAAACAGUUUAGAGACUUGCAAAAUAUCAGGCCGAUUGACCCAUUGAGUAUACCAGGCUUAAAAGAAGCUGGGUGGACUCCUGAAAUAGAUGAAUUAGCUAAAAGGCCUAAAAGGGGUACACAUUACGCAGCAAUGCAAAAUAUUUUGACUGAACUUCAAAAUCAUAAUGCAGCAUGGCCAUUUUUACAACCUGUUAAUAAGGAAGAAGUGCAUGACUAUUAUGAGUUUAUUAAAGAGCCUAUGGAUCUAAGUACUAUGGAGACAAAAUUGGAGGCUAACAGGUACGGGAAAAUGGAAGAAUUCAUUUACGACGCAAGAUUGAUUUUUAAUAACUGUAGAGCUUAUAAUGGUGAAAAUACGUCAUAUUUUAAAUAUGCUAACAAACUAGAAAAGUUUUUUAAUAGUAAAAUUAAGGAAUUCCCUGAAUACGAAGAUCUGUUAUGA